GCCCGGGCCAGCACCUCUGUGGGCGAGCGCGGGCGCGGAGCUCUGCGAGCCGGGAUGGGCAGGGAAGACUUUGUCCGGCAAGAGCUGGGCAUGCUCCAUGGCAUGCCCCUCUACAAGUCGUUCAUCGAGGCCUGGCCGCAAGUGGAGGCUUUCCAAGCCCGGCCGGAUGACCUGCUCAUCUGCACCUACCCCAAGUCGGGCACCACGUGGCUCAGCGAGAUCUUGGACAUGAUCUACAAUGAUGGCAACGUGGAGAAAUGCAAGCGGGAUGCCAUCUUCAAACGGGUGCCCUUCCUGGAGAUGAGCGUGCCCGAUAUGCCUGGCGGCAUCGAGCUGCUGGCCACGAUGCCUUCACCACGCCUGGUGAAGACCCACCUGCCCGUCCAGCUGCUCCCCAAGUCCUUCUGGGAGCAGGACUGCAAGGUGAUCUACGUUGCCCGCAACCCCAAGGACGUGGUCGUCUCCUACUACUACUUCUACCAGAUGGCGAAGAUACACCCUGACCCUGGCACAAAGGAGGAGUUUCUACAGAACUUCAUGGCAGGGAAAGUGGCCUACGGGUCCUGGUACAGCCACGUAAAGGACUGGUGGGAGAAGAGGAAGGAGAAGCGGCUCCUCUACCUCUUCUACGAGGACAUGAAGCAGGACCCCCGGCCCGAAGUGCAGAAGGUCGCCCGGUUCCUGGGCAAGGAGUUGCCUGAGAGCCUGGUGGAGAAGAUCGUCCACCACACCUCCUUCCAGGAGAUGAAGAAGAACUCUGCCGCCAACUACGAGACCCUGCCGGAGUGGGUGAUGGACCACAACCUGUCGCCCUUCAUGCGGAAAGGGAUCACCGGGGACUGGAAAAACCACUUCACGGUGGCCCAGAACGAGCGCUUCAACAAGCACUACAAAGAGCAGAUGAAGGACUCUGAACUCUGCUUCCGCAUGGAGAUAUGAGGGGACUGUGAAACCACCGGCGGCCCCGGGCGGCCCAGCCUGGGGGUCCCAGGAGCUGCCGCACGUCAUGGGCCCCUCUCCGUGGGGAUAAGAGGUGGGUUUCCCCCCUGCUGUGGUGCUGGGUGUUGCUGCUCCCGGUUUCAGAGGUGGAGACUGGGAUUCAUGUCCCUCACCACACUGGGGAGCUAUCCUGGGUUUGUAUGAGGGCUGUCCCUGCUGGCGAAAUCUGGGUUCUGACCUUGCCGUGUCACGCGAUUUUGUGCAAUGUUGAGAAUGAGC